AUGGAGUGGACAAGUGAUCAUACUUUAGAAUUUAUAAGAUUAAUAAAAAGAGAACCGAUCCUUUGGAAUCCAAACAUUACAAAUUGCAAGAGCCGAAAUUUAGCAAUUGAUGCAUGGACACGGGUUAAGAAUGAAUUCUCUCUCCCAAUGACCGUUAAGGAGUUAAAGAAAAAAAAGAAUUGUCUGUUUACGCAGUAUCGAUUCUACAUGAAAAGAAUAAAAGGUACAUCCAAAUGUAGAACCGAAGCAAAUGAAAUAUAUCAACCUUCAUGGUUUGCUUUUAAUUUAAUGAAUAGCUUUCUAUGCGAUGUUUAUGACAUUCAAUCCACGUUGAACCAUGAGGAACUGAAUGAUUUCGAAACCAAGAGGUCUUUAUCCUGCGAGUCUAAUAUUGAAAAUACAAAAUAUUCAUCAUCCAGUGAAGUAUUUAUAAAUCGACCACUAUCACGAAAUUCAAGCACAAGUAGCACUGACGGUUUUUUAAAUACCUCAAGAAAACGGCGUCGUCCAAACGUAGUUACUGUGAAGCAGCAAACGAAACCAGCAUUUCCUAUAACAAAAGAGAAAUCUGUACAUAAAGAAUUUAAAAAAGAAGAUGAUGAAUGUGACCUUUAUUUACAGCUCCUAGCACGAAAACUAAAGAAAUUGGACGAAGACAAUCGAUUAAAGCUAAUGAAUGAUAUAGAUAAUUUAACGUUCAAAUAUUUAAUGGCAGAUAGAGCACAGAAUUGUAUAGAGUUGUCUACAUCUUUACCAACAACGUUGACUUUACAAACGAACUCAAAUAAUCAAGUGCUUUCGUCAUCUUUAGAUCCUCUUCAACUUGAGAUGCUCCCUCCAGAAGUAGUCACAACACAUUGCGAAAACAAAUAA